CAGAUAUCACUAAUACUGAGUCAACAUGGGCUCGAUAGAAUCUGUUUUGCUCAUAUUUGAUCAAGGACGGCAACCUACUUUUGCUUCAGAGAAUUGCAGAGUUCCGUAGCCUACUUCCAAUACACUUAGCAUUUGUUAUCAAUCGGUAUUCAUUCUAUACAAAAUACUAAACGGUCAGCCUCGAAACUCUAAACAGCCAUGCCACUUGACCCAAAUAUGAACCGGAAGCUGCUUAUCGGCCCUAGUAUCAUAGCCGUGGGUCUGGUCUUUCACACCAUUGGUCAAGCUACGCCUUACUGGACAAGUGUAACACUUCCUGUCAUGGAUAUCACACAGAACAUCGGGUUGUGGGAGGUCUGUGUUCCUAAAGGUUGUGUAAGGAUACCCAUAGACAGUCCAGACCUGACCCCUAGCUACCACGCCAGCAGAGCUUUCGCCAUCAUGGGAGUUUUGUCCGGAGCUGCAGCGGUUCUCGCAAUAUUUCUCUACGUGUUUCAAGCCAAGCUCAUCUACGCCACCGUCUCGUCAGCUUUGGGGGCCCUGUCUGGUUUUUUGAUCGCUGUGUGUAUAAUUGUGUGGGCCGCUUACAUAAGUGAUAAAUGUGAGGAUAUAUCCUAUUCGCACGGCUUCUCAUACGCCUUCAGCUGUGUGGGGUGUAUUUUGUCCGUUGCUGGCAGUAUAGUGGCACAUUUUUCCAACAGACGCCAUCAUAAUUUGGGAUAUCAGGCCAUAGGGUCAAGCUAAGGGGGCCUAUUACAACUGUAUUCUCGGCAUUGUAUUAAGCUUGUGUUGCUAUGCCAUCACUGUACUAUCAUUGUUAUAAUUAUAACAUUUUAGACACGUUUUCUAUUUAGCUAGCUUUAUCUUUAUUUAAGGUUACAUGUAGGUUAUCAAUUAAAUUCAGGGGGCGGCAUGAUCGAGUCGGUAAAGCUCAUGGUUGCUAAACCGAAAAGUCUCGAGUUCGAACCCUCGGGCAGAUGAGGCUCGUUAGCUGGUGACAGCCACUCUUCUAGGAGAGACAACUCCAAAAUUAAACAACUGCUGCCUUGUAGUUUGUUCUUGGUUGGACAAAGGCUAUGGAAGCAAAUCCAAAAAGAAAAGCAGGCUGAAAUCGGAGUCAAUGGCCUCAAUGGCGCAUAACCAGUUGACACGUAACGCUUAAUUGUGUUGGAGGCGUGGUCGAGUCGGCAAAAAGCUCAUGUUUGAUAAAUUCGAACAAAGUCUCGAGUUCAAACCCACUGGCAGAUAAAUCUCGAUCCCCUUCAACACUAAUAAUUAAGAACGAAGAAGAAGAAGAAAGAAUUAAAUUCAGCCAUUGAAUUAUUGUUUCCGUCUAAAUACAUUCGUGUCUGUAUGACGUCCCUGAGUUGGCCUAGCUCUGAAAGGUUCCUGACUUAUGCUAGGGAAAGUAAGGGCGUAAUGGCAUAGUGCUGACCACUCUAUCCCUUCAUAUGCCGAGGUCAAUGAAACAGUUGUACUCUACUUCCUCUGCACCAUGGAAUAUUAGGUUCGAAGGUUUUUAUUAAACAUUAUAUUCCGCUAUGUAAAUGCUGCUGACCUGUUAUUUAGAUACACAAAAUACAUCUAUCUAUCUAUCUAUAUA